AUGGCGGCGAGAAAGCUGCAAACGGAGAUUGACCGCACCCUCAAGAAGGUGGCUGAGGGUGUCGAGCUCUUCGAAAGUAUCUACGACAAGAUGCAAGCGUCGACAAAUCAGACGCAGAAGGAGAAGCUCGAGACAGACCUUAAGACACAGAUCAAGAAACUGCAACGACUGCGCGACCAAAUCAAGACGUGGGUCGCGAGCAAUGACAUCAAGGACAAGACUGCACUGCUCGACAACCGAAGACUCAUUGAGACGCAAAUGGAGAAGUUCAAGGCGUGCGAGAAGGAGAUGAAGACGAAAGCGUUCUCGAAAGAGGGCCUGACGCAACACGCGAAGCUCGACCCGAAGGCGCAGGAGAAGCUGGAGGUGACGCAAUGGGUGAACAACCAAGUCGAGGAGCUGCAACUGCAGCUUGAGCAGGCGGAGGCAGAAAUCGAGACGUUGCAGGGCGGCGGGAAGAAGAAGAACAAGGCAGGAGGGGCCGCUGCUGAGCGUCUCGAGACCCUCGAACAGCUCAAUGAGCGACGGAAGUGGCACAUUAGCCGUCUGGAGAUUAUCCUGCGGUUACUGGACAAUGGCACACUACCGACAGAGAAGGUGCUCGGGCUGAAGGAGGACGUCCAAUACUUUGUCGAGAGUAAUAUGGACGAGAACUUUGAUGAGGACGAGGGCAUCUACGAUGAGCUCAACCUUGAUGAGGAAGAAGAGAAGUUCGGCUUGGCGAACGACGACGAUAGCGAUGAGUCUGAGGCCGCGAGUGAUGACCUGCCUCCACGGACACCAAGCAAGAAGCACGAUGAGGAAAGCGUAGCAAGUAGUAAUAAACGUGACGGAAGUCCUGUGCUCAAGAAGGCGACCGUAACAUUACAGCUACGAACGAAACCACCAAAUGCAAACUUCGCCGCACAACCCAUGGCAAGUAUUUUGAAGGUGGGGCUUCCUCCACCGCUACGGCCGGCACCACUUCCCGUGCGUUACGCUGCAGCGGCAGCGGCAGCUGUUGCACCAUCUACACCACAGUCAGCGGUGCAGCCACCAUCAACACCGUCGGCAACAAUAGCAUCGUCAUCCAACCAGCCUGCAGCACCGACGGCCCCGUCAAUAGCGUCGACAACAGCAGCAUCGUCACUCACACCAGAUCAAGUCUCGGCUGUUACAUCCUCGCCAAGUUUGACACAUUUGUCCGUCACAAGCCCGAUGCUGUCGUCUGCAGCAUCGGUGUCUGCGCAACACGCGGACGGCUACACAGACUCUCCAGCAUUAUCGGAAGCGGUACCGAGCUCGAUAGGUGGUCCUGCAGCGACGUCGUCACCUCAACGCAUCCAGCGUAAAGCGUCGACAUCAUCACCGACAGCAGUGCAGGCUUUGGCAUCCGUAGUAAGUUGUUGCCUUCAAUCACCCACAGAAGCACCGCCACAAUCACUAGCAAACGGGCCACCACAACUAGCACCGGGCGCGAUUCCUUCUGCAGGCUACUCACCAAUGCCCCAACAAGCACAAGCGUAUCCUAGUUCGUCGGCACCUGCAGCAAACGCACAAUCGAGUAGCUCGUCACCACUGCCACCAACUCAACUGCCUCAAUACCCUCCUGGAGUGAAGGCGUCCGGUGCAGGGCCUGCACUCGACCUUGAACACAGUGUACCACCAGGCGUCAUUCCACAGCAGAACCUAGGCGUACAGCGGCCUGGCUCGACAGUGCCCACGCAGAUGCCCCAGCAGGCGCCACCAGCGCGGCCGAGUGCGUUCCCUGGUUCGCUCUCCGACCUUGUUGUCUCCUUCGAAAACGUGAAACAAAAGGCGCCCCACCGGAUGUCGAACCUCGACCAGGUGCACAAGCUCUUGCAGGGCAGCUAUUCCAGCAUGCCGCAGCCGCAAGACACCGAGAAGCCGAAGUAUUACGUGCCGAGGAACCCCAUACAAACUCCGGCGUACUACCCACAGACACCCAACCCGAUCUUGAACACGGCGGGUAUCUUCUCGCAGCUAGACGUUGAGACGUUGUUCUAUGUGUUCUACUACCUCCCAGGCACAUACCAGCAGUACCUCGCAGCCAAGGAGCUGAAGAGGCAGUCAUGGCGUUUUCACGUGAAGUACUUGACAUGGUUCCAGCGACACUCGGAGCCUCAGGCGAUCACUGAGGAGUACGAGCAGGGAGUCUACGUCUACUUCGACUGGGAAGGCUCCUGGUGUCAGCGCAAGAAGAGCGACUUCCGCUUCGAGUACCGAUAUCUGUCCGAAGACUGA